AUUUUAAAAAAUCAUCCGAAUAAAGUUAUAAAAGAUGUGGCCAAUAUAAUUAAUUCUCGAGGAUUCUUUGAUGAUAUUGAAUGUUUAGCACAAAUUAUAUGUCCUGCAAAAGAAGCUGUAAAAGCUGUUGAAUGCAAAUCAACUACAUUAGCAGAUGUUUAUAUUAAACUAGUUCAGCUAGUUUCUGCAAUACAUCAUAUCCCACCAGAAACUGAAUAUCCAAAAGCUGUAGUUAACUUAUGGAAAUCAUUAGGUAGUGGAGACAUAUCUGCUAAAAUAUUACUUACUCAAAUGAAAAAUUAUCAUGAAUUUGUAAAACCAUAUAAUGACUAUUGGGUGGAUAAUACUAAUACAUUAACUA